AUGUAUCCGACCUCACUGGCCAUCGGAACCGGGGCAUUAUCGGGAGCACUUGCCCACGCUCUCAUAUUCCGAAAGGGAGAAUGGGAUCUUUACACAAUCAAAAUACUCCAAGGACUUCUCACAGUCACUGGCGUCUUGGCGCUGAGUUUCAAGAGGCUAGGGGCAACAGAGGAUGGAUCAUCGUACAGCCUUCUGGAAUCCAUCAUAGCAUCCAUUUACAUGCCGGCCAUCUCUCUUCACAUGUCGCGGGACAAGAACGAUCAUUCCCGUAGACGACGAGCCUGGGACAGGGCAUUUAGCUCAAAGGUUCCCCGAGCUCUUCGUGACUAUGAGCCUCGUGUGGUCAAAUACACCAGUCAGCUACUCGAUCGUCUAGAGCAGACCCAGGACAUCCCCAUUGACAUUGCGAAGUGGUUCAAGUUUUACAGCUUCGAUACCAUGGGUGACCUAGCCUUUGGUAAGAGCUUCAACAUGCUAACUGAUGGCGUUAAGCAUCCAUUCAUGGCACUAGUCGAGUCGCAUAUGGCAAUGGCCGGUGCCUUUAGUCAACUGAUCUGGAUGUUUCCCCUGUUCAGGGCGAUGCCGUUCCUUGGUCAGGAAGAUGCUAUCUUCCAAAAAUGGCUCGAGAACCAAGUUCGGCAUCAAGAACAGAACAAACCAGACCUUCCGAAUAUCUUCUCUUGGCUUCUGGAGGAUUAUAAGUCGCAGCUACAUCCCAGAGAACAAGAUUGGCUAAACCUGCAAGCUGACAUGCAGCUUAUAGCCGUUGCUGGAAGUGAUACCACUUCUGUGACACUUACUUGCCUAUUCUACCUAUUGGCUGCCAACAAAGGCGUAUGCAUUCGGCUUCAAGAGGAGAUUGACAACUUGUUCUCCAGCUUCUCACAGCCUAACCACUCGAGCUUCUCCAAGUUAACAUAUUUACAAGCUUGUAUUGAUGAGACACUUCGACUCUUUCCUCCAGUGCCAUCUGGGCUGCAGCGUAUGACACCUGCUGAAGGGCUACGAGUAGGCGAUAUCUUCAUUCCUGGAGAUACUAUCGUGACUGUCCCAUCCUACACACUCUAUCGAGAUGAACGGUACUUCACCUCUCCUGAUGACUUCGUCCCGGAGCGCUGGACGAUAAAACCAGAGAUGGUAAUGGACGAUUCGGUAUUUGCUCCAUUCUCAGUUGGACGCUAUGCAUGUGUGGGUAAGCAGUUGGGUCUCAUGGAAGUUGGCUAUGCUUCGUGUAUGAUCUUACACCGCUUUGACAUCUGCUUUGCCGGCGAGGAAAAUGCCAGCAAGUCGGCGUUUCUCACGGGUCUUAGAGACCAUUUUACACUGGAUGCGCCUCAGCUCAAAUUUAUACUUACAGCUAGGAAGGAGUGA